AGCGGAGCUUCGUCGACCACCACCAAUCCCCAAGCGGAGGAGAGCUCGGCGGCCGCGGCGGGGCGGCGACAACAGAAGAGGCCGUCGAAGAUGGUGCGGAAGGCCAAGGUUGAGUUCGACGAGCGGCCGCCGGAUGACUUCGACCCGAAGAACCCGUACGGGGACCCGGUGGCGAUGCUGGAGUACCGGGAGCACCUGGUGCGGGAGAAGUGGAUCCAGAUCGAGACCGCCAAGAUCAUCCGCGAGCGCCUCCGCUGGUGCUACCGGAUCGAGGGCAUCAACCACCACCACAAGUGCCGCCACCUGGUCGACCAGUACCUCGAGGCCACCCGCGGCGUCGGCUGGGGCAAGGACGCCCGCCCGCCCGAGUUCCACGAGCCCAAGAAGGUCGUCGAGGCGGAGUAGCGGCGCUGCUGCUUCUCGUGCUGCUCUUCCUGGAUUGGAGAGGUGAUCUUUCCAUUGGAUUGAAAGGAGUAACUUGCAACUGCUGCAGUUCUUCUUUUGCAUCCGAAGUUGCUGAUAGACUUCCAAUAAAUGUUGUCCAAGAAACAUUCUUGUGCCUGUACCUUUUCUUGUCCUCUUGUGAAAUUGAGCAAAUCGUCGCUUGAACCU